GUUCUUUGUGGAAACAAAUUCAGGCUGAUUAUUAGUGUGGACCCACUUCCACACGGUGAGCCUGGACUGCUGGAAGAAGGCAGCAAACAGGCGUCUGCUGCCAUCAGCUCCACCCUCCUGACUGACCUUCAGUCGUCAUCCAGACACUAUGAAGACUCCACUUGUCUCUCUGCUCCUCGGUGUGUGUGUGCUGCUGCUGUCUGCACUGGCUGCUUCUGCAGGUUUGAUCCUGGAGAUCCCUCCACAUCCUGUGCCAACAGGAAGUGAUGUCACUCUGCGUUGCAGGCUGAGGAAUGGUGACAUAAUUGCAGCUUAUUUCUUCUUUGAUGGAAGUCGUGUUGGAUCUGGAUCUAAAUCAGAGCUCAUCAUCACUAAUGUCCAGCAGACUGAUGAAGGUCUCUACUCAUGUUCUACUGAUGUGUUUGGAUCCUCUCCUCAGAGCCUCCUGAGGGUCAAAGAGUCUCCUCAUCUUCAUACCACCACAGAGUUCUCUCUUCCUGUGAACACGCCUGCUCCUUUUCCUCUUGUAACAGCCUCCACCAUUCCUCAUUCCUCCACUAUUCCUCAUUCCUCCAAUGUUCCUGGUUCCUCUUCCAUCCUUGUUCCAGUUGUAGUAGGUCUGGCUUUGAUGGUUCUUCUGGUUUUGGUUGGAGUUCUGUUCCCCUACAGGAAACUGAAAGGAGUUCUGGGAGCAGACUCAGUCUCUGUGGGGUUUUGUGGAGGUGACGGCUGUGAGGAACCUGCAGAGAAGAAUUUGAGACGGAGCAUCUGCCUCUGCUUUUCAGGCCUGUUUCUGCUGACUGCUGCAGGUGUGUGUGUGCUGCUGCUGCUGUCUGCACUGAGUGUUCCCGCAGCGACAGCCAUGGGCAGCAGCCUGAACAACGGACGUGUGGAACAUGGUCCAUUUGGACUCAAUGUCCUCAGUCUCCCUAGGAGUUGA